GAUUCGUCAUUGAAAUAACGAAACGAUAAUAACCUCAAACAUCUUUUCAUGUGUUUACUGUUUUUACUUUAAAUUUUAUUGAAUGAAUAAUAUUUAUAAUUAAACAAAUAAUGGCUGAUACCGAAGAAUACUUUCCACGAGGGGGCAAAAAGCCAACAGUUACUUAUUUCAAACAAAGCGGAAACUUUUUAGGUGCUGCAGAGAAAGGUGAAAGAAAGAAGAAGAAACCGAAAAAGAAUACUGAUGCUGACGAUGGGUAUUUAUCAGAUGAAGCCGCAAAAGAUUUUGACCAGUCAUACAAAAAUUGUUCAUCCCGACUCACUUAUAAGACUAUUAAGCAGGGUGUGCUUAUAUUGGGCCGAGUGUCUCAAGUCCAUGAGACCAAAGUAACAGUGGCACUGCCUGGCAAGAUGACAGGCACGGUGAUGGCCUGUCAUAUUAGUGAACCAUACAAUAAGCAGCUUGAAGCAUAUGUCAACGACCAGAUAGACAAAAUUAGAGAACUUGUAGAGAUGUUUCGACCUGGCCAGUAUGUGAUGUUGAAGGUGUUAGAGACAGAGAAGCUGAUGCUGUCCAUGAUGCCACAGCACAUCAACAGUGGACGGUCACACUCAGACCUUAGCAAAGGGGACCUUUUGCAAGCUGCUGUCGUAUCAGUGGAAGAUCAUGGUUACGUGAUGGACCUGGGCAUCCCCAAUACCAGGCCUUUUCUGCCCAAAAAGCAUAUCAACCCUGAAGUGCAACUUGAUGUAGGCGUACUGGCGUGGUGCUGCAUCAAGUCGGUGACGAUAUCGCCCGAUAACAGUAUAGUGAAGCUGAGCAAUGAGUUGUCAGCGAUACAGCGCUGCACGCCGCGGCCGCGCGCCGCGCUGCAACUGCUGCCCGCAACGCCGCUCGACUUCACCGUCCAGAAGCCCUUAGACAACGGCAUAGAAGGCCACGUGCUGGAGGACACGGUCGCGUACAUACAGCGCGACCAAGUCGACAAAGUUAAAGGGAAGAAACCGGCACUUGGACAGAAGAUCCGCGCCCGCGUUCUCUACGUGAUGCCUAUACGCAAGACUCCUUUCCUCACCAUGAAGGACAUCUUCGCGACCACGUACCCCAACCUGGAGGAGGAGCAGAUACUGAAAGAGGGGGAGAUUGUGGAGGAAGCACAGGUAAUCAAGAUAAUGGGUCGUUCGGUCCACUUCAAGCUGGGCCGCGGCUGCGUCGGUGCUAUGAGCCUUAAGAGCAUCGACGUGGACGAGAACCUAUCCGACGAGGACGUCGUCGCCAAGUCGUAUCCUGUAGGCAGCAGCCACAAAGUGAGGGUGGUGUCGUACAACCUGUGCGACUAUUCGUACACAGUGAGCGACCAGCGGUCGCUGCUCAGCGAGAAGUACUUCUCGCUGCAGCAGCUGUCCGUGGGCGAGCUGGUGCGCGGCUCGGUGGCGCGCGUCGCCGACGACCACGUGCUGCUCAGCGUCGGCAGGCUCACAGGUUAUGUACCGUGCACGCACUUGUCAGACGCCGGAAUGUUCAUCGACCCCAAGAAGGCCAGCACCUCGAAAUUGCCCAAAAAGAAAUUUAAGGAAGGGCAAGAACUAAACGCGCGAGUGCUGUUAUUAGAUCUGGAACAGCGCAAGCUGCUGCUGACCCUGAAGCCCUCGCUGCUGGCUCCGGACCUCUCGGUAUUGAAGAGUUACGAAGAAGCGGAAGUUGGGAAGACGUAUACAGGCUGUAUCAGGGUCAUCCGCGACUACAUACUGGUGACGUUUUUCAACAACGUGACAGCCCUAGUGCCGCGCCACUACGUCACGAAGGAGCCCAUCGACAACCUCGCGGACGCGUUCCACGUGGGACAGAUCGUGAAAUGUACAAUCAUCAGAGUCUCGGCUGAGGAUAAGAAAAUGACUGGGAGCUUUGUCACCGCGCCAUUCACACCUGGACAAGCGCGUGAGAAAAAGGAAAAACGAAAAAUACAGGAGGAGGAAGACGUCACAGAUGAAGUACCCAACAAAAAAAGAAAAUCCACAGAUGAUCAGAUAGAACUAGCAGAAGUAAAGAAAAAGAAGAAGAAACCUGAACAGAAUGCGAAGGAAGUUGUCAAAGAGCAGAAACAAAAGAAGAAAGAUAAAGGAAAAGAGUCCGGAAACGAAUCGGCCAGUGAUCAUAUAGAAACAGAUGUAAACGAUGAAGAUGGCAACGAUACGGAAACGAACGCAAACUAUGAAUUGGAAGUGACGUUCAACAAUCAAGAACAUGAACUAAUGGACCUAUCUAAUUGUAAUGAUGAGAAGAAAUGUAAGAAACGCACAGUGUCUCUGUUAAAGCUAAUAAAGGCAAGAGACAAGAGGAUACAAAGAAUAGAAGAGAAAAUAGCAAAUAUAGAGAAAAAGGGGUUGAAUGCUAAAAAUAAAGUGUACCAUACAGCUAUGCACGCGGAUAUAUUACUUGUGCAAGAACGGAAAAAUAAAUUGCUAGAAUCUUUGAAAUGUGUACAGGAAAGAUUAAAAGAAUUUAAAAAGAAUGAUGCAGUUGAACAAAAUAAAAAGGUAGAUGGAAAGAAGGCGGACAAUAAAACUAAUUCGGACGACAACAAAGAAAAGAAGAAACGGAAAAAGAAGAAAGAAGUAAAAGAAGAUAAGAAACAAAAGUACACAGAGUUGCAAGUGGUGGGGAAUUUAGAGCCGGUUUUAGAAUCGCCAAGCGCUAAGGAUUUUUGGUCGACACCUACCACAAAUGUGACUAAUGAGGUUCAAGAAGAUGAAGACCUGAGCAGUAGCGAUGACGAGCAAAAAGAACAGCCCAAGAAGAAACGCAAGAAGCUGACAGUGGCGGAGAAGCUGGCGAAGGUGCGCGAGGAGGAGGAACGCGUCCGCGAGAUGGAGCGGCGAGCGAUCGAAAGCGAGGCGCAGCCGCGCUCCAGCGACCAGUUCGAGCGAGCGCUGCUGGCCAGCCCCGACUGCAGCCAGCUCUGGAUCGCUUACAUGGCCUUCCAUCUACAGGCAACAGAAAUUGAGAAGGCACGCGCCGUCGGCCGCAAGGCGCUGUCGACGAUCUCGUUCCGGGAGGAGCGCGAGAAGCUCAACGUGUGGAUCGCUAUGCUCAACUUGGAGCACAGGUUCGGCACCCAGGAAUCCCAACAAAAAACUUUAGAAGAUGCACUCCAAAUGAACGAGCCGUUCACUGUACACUCCAAGCUUUUAGACAUAUACGUGGAAACCAGCAAGCAGCAGGAGCUGGUCUCGUUGGUGGACCUGAUGAUGAGGAAGUACAAACGGCAGCCGGACGCGUACACACAGGCCGGCGGCGCCUGCUUCAAACUCGGCCUGGUGGAUAAGGCCAGACAAGUGAUGCAGAAAGCAAUCGGUGUACUGGAAAAGAAGGAGCACGUAUCUGUGCUGGUGCAGUUCGCGUUGCUGGAACGUUCGUCGGGCAGCCGCGAGCGCGCCGAGGCGCUGUUCGAGCAGGUGCUGGCUGUGUACCCGCAGCGGGUCGACGUCGUCUCGGCGUACGUCGACAUGCUGCUCAAAGGCGGCGACGUCGACCAAGCGAGGCAAGUCAUGGACCGGAUGACGUCACAGAAAAUACCAGCGAGGAAAAUGAAAACCCUUUAUAAAAAAUGGAUCGAAGUUGAAGAGAAGAUAGGAGAUCAAGAACAAAUAGAUAGGAUACGACAGCGAGCCAUGGAAUAUAUAGAGAAAGCUCAGUUUUAAUGUAAUAAAAUUUUACCAUAAA